CCUCAGCUUAUGCACUGUACAGGGAGAUUAUUAGCAGGGAGGCAAUAUCUGUUCACCAUGACAUCAGCGGUCCCUUCUUGGACAUUCUAUUGUGUCCUAGAGAGAUCUUAGCAUCCUCUGUGAUGUCACCAGUGUUGUAGUAACCACCAGUGCCCUACUUUUUCUCAGUCCCUGCCUGGCAGAUACACAGGAAGACAUGUUUUCCCGGCUUCGCAAGAAUUUUGGGAGAGUGAACAUCGAUUUUGGACAGACUGGAAUGAGGGAAUCUCACCUUUCAUCAAAAAUAAAUGAUAGACAACGAAAGCUGGCCUGGGGAAUGCUGAAGGAUGGGAGACUGACAUCAUCCCCUGGCCCUGUGGUAAUCAACAAGGAGGCCAACACGGAGAACACAGAAGAGCAGAGACUGAUUAGACAGCUGCAGUCAGCUACUGAGGAGAGAAAUGAGCUAAGAGAUCUCCUGACUUACGUGACAGAGAGAUACAGGAACAACAGGGCCAGCCGCUACAUCAGGUCAAAUCCGUUUUAUGAAAUAUUGAAGAUAAAGGAGAGGGAGGUCAUGUCAUUACUGCACAACUUAGAGAUGAGGAACAUCGAGCAUUUUGAGAAAUUUCUAGAGCUCCAGAAGGAAAUUAACUUCUAUCGCAACCUGCCCAGCCGGAUCCAUAUGGACAAGAUAUGUAUGCAGAAGAAGUUGUUCCCAUUCAGAAAGGAAAGCAAAGCAGAACAGCUUGAUUCUGCACCGCUGCUACAGAAAUUUUUGUUUGAUUUGAACAAGAAAGAUAAAGACGAACAGGAGAAAACCAGCAACCUCCAGACCAAGCAACAUCUGGUAGGGACAAGCAGCUGUGUCAGCCUAAAAAUAUCUGAUUCCAUUUGCCAAUUUGAUACAUGUUUGCUUUCCCUACCACCUUAAUAAUGUACACUCCAACAAUACAACCACCUCAUGCAA